AUGUUGCUGGGCUCCACACCAACACCCCCACUCUUCUGCGCACCACCAUCUGCACGUUGCACCAUUCCAAUCGUGCUGGCGAUGACAGUCGACGAUGUGCAAGCCGAGCGGCUAGUGGGUCAAGCAGCAGCUGCUGCACAACUUACAUCGACCACUCGCACCGAUAUCCAAGCGCUCUACACGCAAGCCCUCGAUCGCCGGGCGGAGGAAGACCGCGAGCGCGAUGCGAGAUACACUGCGCUCGCACCGACGCUCGUGGCGCUGAGCCAGCAGGCGAGCUCGUCCAAACAGCUGCUGGGAUCGCUCGAGUCGUUCCUGUCCACGUUCCAGUCGGAUCUGUCCACGCUCUCGACGCAUAUCUCGGCGCUCCAGGCCACGUCGCAUCAGAUCGAUUCGCAACUCGACGCCACGCGCGAUGUCGAACUCCAACUCGCUGCCUUUCUGUCGGAUGUAGCACUCAGCCCAAGGAUCGUCGAUUUGUUCUUCGAUACCGAUCCAGAGUCGAGGCCCGAGUUGUGGCAAAAGGCGGUGGGACAGCUCGAACGCGUACUGGACGCAACGCUCCCCUCGGCCACGAUCGAGCUUCCCGGUCGCAAAGAGCCAGUGGUACUGGGAGAGGUCCAGGCGGUAAAGGAGGUCAGGGCCGUGGCAGAGGCGUGCAAGCACGUCGUGGCGGCGAAGUUGAGGACGUACCUCACGGCGCCACAUGCGGCUAUCAAGGCGUCGGUGACCACCAACCUUCAGGUGGUGCAGACGAGCGUGCUGCUGCGACACCAUCGACCAUUGUAUGCCUUCCUGGCGCGACAGAUGCCACGCGUUGCCAUCGAUGUUCAGCGCAGCUACGUCGGGGCUGCCAGGCUGUACUUCGAGACGGCCUUUAGGCGGUAUACGCGCAGCCUGGGCGUGAUCCGCAAGAGGUGGGCGGAGACAUCCACUGCCACGACUAUCACAGAACCUCCACCAGCAGGGGCAGAUGCCAGUGGCAAUGCUAGAGCCAUGGCGAAUGCGCUUCAGGCUAGCAUGUCUGGAGUAUCCAAACCAGCUGCCGUGGGGGUGCGGGCGGGGGGAAGUACACCUGUACGCGGGGGGAGUCAGGAUUCAGCCGCAGGAGAUGCAGAUGCCAUGUCGGUGGAUGCAUGGCUAUUCCCUGCGUCGCGACUCGCGUAUUCGCGGCUGGACAGUGGAGCUGCAACGGUGCUUGGCUAUUUGGCGGACGAUUCGGCGUUCAAGGCGUGUCCCGAAAACCUGUUUCGGUCGCUCUCGCUCGUUCUCGUCGACAAUGUGUGUUCAGAGUACACGUUCAUCGUACGCUUCUUUGAGGCGAUCUCCGACGAUGAUCACCGACUCGACCCCCGACCUGCUGGCGAGACCUCGGGCGUUGCUUCCGUCGAUAGCGCAAGUGUCGCAGAGGACGAAGAAGAGGCAUCGGUGGUGCAGUUGAGUCGGCACGAACAGGCGCAACUGCACGGACGCGGGGCAAGCGAAGAAGUCUUUCGUCAGAUCAUGGAACCUGCCGUCACCACCUGGACCACAUUCGUCAAAUCGCUUUUGCCUUCAUCCUCACCAAGUGUGUCAGGGUAUUUUGGGCUCUUGUCCAUGGUUCAGUUGAACGAUUCACUGUUGGCGCUGGUGGGGUCUAGGGGUUGUGAGAACUCGCUCGUCACUUCGGCAAUGAUGGGCUUCAAACUCGACUCGUAUCCGCAUCUCAAGCGGUUCCUAGACGACCAGAUCACCGCCCUCACCAAUCCAUCCCAAUCCGCUUCGUUGUGGAAGACCAUCUCCAUGUCUACGACGUCAACAGCAGACCCUCAGAUCAUCGCAGUCAGAUACACCAGCCUCUUCACCAAAUCCCUCUGGCUCCUCCAGAACGACGAUCCCGCCAUCCUUUCCGCACUACAGAGACUCCGCGCACAACUCGCACAGUCCCUUCCGUCGACACAGCCAGUCCGAGACCAAGCCGUCAACAUCCUCAUCUCCUCGCUCGAAUCCGCCCUACCCCCCUCCCUCGCAAGCCACCCCACCGCGCAAAACGAAUUUGCCUUCUGGAACAACAUCCUCCAUCCCUAA